AUGAUUCGACAGGAUGCCCACCGUAUCGACCCCAAACGCAGGAAUACCAUCGAUCACAAAAAACGGCAAUUCGCCGUACCUAUCUACAAGCAGCAGGACUAUCCGCAUCGUCUGAAUCUGUACGACACGCCGCCGACGGCUGAGAUCACACUCGAGCAAUUUGAGCAGUGGGCCAUUGAUCGGCUGAAGAUCCUCGCCGAAAUCGAAGCAUGCUCCUAUCGCAACAAGUCCGCCGCGGAGACUGAACAGCAUAUCACACCUCUUCUCCAGAAAUACCUCCCUCUAUCCGCCAAUACCUCUUCCUCUAAUGGUGCCGCCGACCCGCGUCUGAAAAAUGAGCGCCAAAAGGACCAUUACUCACACUUUAUCCUCCGCCUGGCCUUCUCUGCCACGGAGGACCUCCGCCGACGAUUCGCCCGAGCCGAGACCAUGCUCUUCCGCUUCCGCUUCCAGAAGGACGAUUCGAGAGAACGUCGUGCUUUCAUCGACAGUUUGAGUCUCGACUGGGAUCCAGUAAGCGAAUUUGAACGAAAUGAAAUUGCCGAGCACCUCGCGAGCGCAACACCUGGUUUGCAACGGGUGAGUGAUGAGACGUGGUACAAAGUCGACUGGGAGAAAGUUCCCGAACUCGUCGAAAGACGAUCAGUGUAUAUGCGGAGGGGCAAGGCCUAUGUUCCCGGAAGAGAACAGUUGAGUAUGAUUAUGGCGGAGUUCACUGCCCGCCUGGAACGCUCGCUUGAGCUCACAAGCCGAGCACUACCCCGUCUAGAUGAGGACGACCGCCUCACCCCCAUCCUCAAUCACCUUUCCAAGAACUUUGGCAGCGCCGAGUCUGUAUACACCGAAAGCGAAGGACAUGUCGACGGAGCGGAGAUUAGAGCAAGCUCUAUCGACGCGCUUUCUCAACAUUUCCCACUGUGCAUGCGCAGCCUACACAUGAAUCUGCGCAAGAACCACCACUUGAAGCACUUCGGACGACUCCAGUACACCUUGUUCCUCAAGGGCAUUGGUCUCUCAUUGGAGGAGUGUAUUCUGUUCUGGCGCCAGUCUUUUAAGGGCAAGACCGACGACGAAUUUAAUUCUCAAUACAAAUACAACAUUCGUCACGCCUACGGUGAUGUGGGUGGUGAUGUGAACCGCCGAGGCCGGGGAUACGCUCCUUACUCCUGCCAAAAGAUCCUUGGCGACAGCAACCCUGGCAUUGGCCAAACUCACGGGUGCCCGUAUCGCCACUACUCCGUUGACAACCUCGUUGGACUGCUACAGGCAACGGGCGUAAGCGACAAGGAAGUCCUACGAGGAGUGCGUGAGGACGUGGGCAAGCAACGAUACCAUAUUGCAUGCAACCGUGUCUUCGAGUCGACGCACAAGAACGAGAUCAAAAAGGUCAAGGAGGACGGGACGUGGAGCCAAGCAGACUUGGAUACAAUCGUUCAUCCGAAUACCUACUUCAAGCGCAGCUACCUGCUGAAGCAGUUGGCCAAAGCUCCGAGCCGAGAUUCUUGA